UUUUAUUUCUUUUUUUAAAGUGAUGAAAGUCACUAAUAUGACGAAUAUAAAAAACUUCAUCAUAUUUGGAUUCGCUGGACUUCCACCGGAGUUUUAUGGACCAGUGUCUUUUCUUCUUCUCCUCGUUUUCCUCGCUAUUGUGCUUGGAAACACUUUCAUUUUAACUGUUAUCAUGUAUGAGCGAACUCUUCACAAACCAACAUAUUUGAUUUUUUUUCACCUCGCAAUGACAGACAUCUCUUUUGGCAUCGUGACACUCCCUAAAAUCAUUGCCAGAUAUUGGUGGAAUGACUUGAUAUCUUCAUUUGGAACGUGCUUUGCACAAAUGUACUUCGUCCAUUCUUUGGGAGCUAUUCAUUCCUUAAUUAUGCUGAUUAUGGCUUUGGAUCGUUUCGUUGCCACAUGCUUUCCUUUCCGAUAUCCUGUUUUGAUUACAAACAAAACUAUUUCGAUUGCUUGUAUCCUGUGCUGGGCUUUUACAUUCAUGCGUAUGUUGGGGAUUGUGCUCCACGCCUUAACUUUGCCCUUCUGCAACCUAAAUAUCAUCAUGCAUUGCUACUGUGAUCAUGUAUCAGUUACUCAGCUGGGAUGUGGUGAAAAUGUUGUAUAUGUUGAAAGGGUUGCACUUGCAAAUGCUUUGGUCACUCUCUUGGUUCCUUUAACAUUCAUCAUCUCUUCUUACUUUUCUAUCAUCAUAGCUACUCUGAAAAUGUCUCAUGCCGAAAGGAGCAACAAAGUCAUGUCCACCUGUGGUCCUCAGAUAUUUAUAACCUGCCUUUAUUAUGUGCCAAGAUGUUUUGUUUACCUCUCUUCCAACUUGGGAUUCGUUUUUAACAGCAAUGCUCGUAUUAUCAUUGCAAUGAUGUACAGCCUCAUACCUGCUGCAGUUAAUCCACUGAUAUACUGUCUGAAGACACAGGACAUUAAAAAGGCUUUGACACAGAGACUUAGAAAAUGGAAAGUAAGUACUGCCCACAAAAUUAACCAUAAGCAUAUUAUGACGUAAUUUUGUAGAUUGUGGUUUUCAUAAAGGUGCAAUGUAAUGUUUAAAUAUUCUAUAUUUAUUAGUAGUUUCUUU